AGUAUAAAUUUGGGGAAAAAACACUUCUUCUUCUUCAACAACUCCACUUCAAUUCCAUAAAUAUAAAACCAUUUAAAGAAUCAUCUGUAACCUUCUUUUUAAAAAAACUUUUGAUGAUUCAAAAUAAUUAAAAAAGAUAGAUAGAAUUUUAGGAUGGGGAACACUAAAAUCAGCAAGCUACAAAAAGAAGACGAAUUUAGCAAGAAGCAUCAUCAACAUACAAAAACAAGUAGCUGCCGCUUCCGGUGGAAAAACAAGUUCAUGGAUCCUAACAUAACGGAUUCCGAUUUAGAAUCAUUCUUGAAGGAAUUCCGAAUUCCGUCCGUCAUAUUCCACCCUGAAUUAUCGUCGGAAAACGGUGAUACAGCUUCUCUUCCGCCACCUGAAUGUCCGAUUCUAGUCUUUAUCAACUCCAAGAGCGGUGGCCAGCUGGGCGGUGAUCUCCUCGUCACCUACCGCUCCCUUUUAAAUGAAAACCAGGUGUUUGAUUUAGGGGAGGAGGCUCCUGAUAAAGUGCUGCGUAGAAUCUAUCUGAAUAUUGAAAUACUCAAGUCUCGUGGGAAUAAAUUGCCUGUUGAGAUUCAAAAAAGGCUUCGAAUUAUUGUUGCAGGUGGGGAUGGAACUGCUGGCUGGUUACUUGGAGUUGUUUGUGAUCUUAAGUUCUCUCAUCCUCCUCCAAUUGCCACUGUUCCUUUAGGGACUGGGAACAAUCUUCCUUUUGCUUUUGGUUGGGGAAAAAAGAACCCGGGUACAGAUCGUAGUUCUGUGCUGUCUUUUCUGGACCAAGUUAAGAAAGCCAAGGAAAUGAAAAUAGACAACUGGCAUAUUCUUAUGAGGAUGAGGGCUCCUAGAGAAGGUUCCUGUGAUCCCAUUGCCCCUCUCGAGCUUCCACUUUCUCUCCAUGCUUUUCAGCGUGUUUCUCCAUCUGAUGAACUCAACAGGGAAGGUUACCACACAUUUCGUGGGGGAUUCUGGAACUACUUCAGUAUGGGAAUGGAUGCUCAAGUAUCAUAUGCAUUUCAUUCUGAGCGGAAGUUGCAUCCUGAGAAAUUUAAAAAUCAAUUAGUUAAUCAGAGUACUUAUGCAAAGCUUGGUUGCUCACAAGGGUGGUUUAUGGCUUCACUUUUUCAUCCUUCUUCAAAGAACAUAGCUCAACUUGCGAAGGUUAAGAUCAUGGAAAGACAUGGUCAAUGGAAAGACCUUACUAUACCCCGCAGCAUCAGGUCGAUUGUGUGCCUUAAUUUGCCAAGCUUUUCUGGUGGACUGAGUCCUUGGGGAACACCAAAUAACAAGAAACAGCGCGAUAGAGACUUGACACCGCCUUUCGUAGAUGAUGGACUUAUUGAGGUUGUUGGUUUUAGAGAUGCUUGGCAUGGGCUUGUUUUGCUUGCACCGAACGGACAUGGGACACGCCUUGCACAGGCGCAUAGAAUCCGUUUCGAGUUCCACAAAGGUGCUGCAGACCACACGUUUAUGAGGAUUGAUGGGGAACCCUGGAAGCAACCACUUCCAGGAGAUGAUGAUACUGUAGUUGUUGAAAUAUCCCACCUGGGCCAAGUGAACAUGCUUGCCACCCAUGAUUGCAAGUCUAAAAGUGUGUGUGAUCCCUCAUCUCCGAGCUCUCAUGAUGAUGAAGACGAUGACAGUAAUGAAGAAGAAACUGAACAAGGUGAAGAGUGGAAGAAAUUUGGCGCAGCUGAUACAUUUAAGAUCCCAGAUGGUGUUGAAAUUGCCCAUCUUAGUUGAACUCUCACCUUCAUUCAAUUAAUUUCUAUGUUAUAGUUUUCUUCAUCAAUUGAUUUGCAAUUAAGUAUAGGUUUAGGUAAUAAAUAUUCUAAUUUUGCUGCUAAUAAAUUGAGCAUGUGGUCUAUGGGCAUAUGAUAGAAUAAUAUCUUUUACAAUCUAAGAAUUGAUAUUGUCCAUCUCAAA